GGCACCCCAGGCCCGCGGGUGGGCACAGCCCAGGGUGGGCUCACAAUGGGUGUGUGUCCCUUGGGCACUGCGCUUCCUGCUCAGGUGCUGGCAUCCUGCUUGGGCGGAGCUGCCACGUGUCCCAGUGUCCCUGUGUGGCUUGGGGACAAGCUCACGGUUCAUCAGUGGGGUUGGUUCUCAGGGCCGUGGGAGCUGAGCCUGGCUGCCCAGCCACUCUGGAGGCAGCAAGGGUCAUCCUUGCCACCCGAGAGAAACCCACGUCCUCCCAGGACGCUGUGGGGACGUGCCCCAGGGCACUGUGACACAGGGCUCGCCUUGAGCCAGAUGCCUCAGCUCGCUGCCUGAGCUGCAGUGACCAUGGCACAGAUAGAGCUGCCAGGCAGGUCGGGCAAUUCUGCCAACACGCUGGGGCCCCUGGUCAGGGGUCACAGAGGGAGCCAGGUUCUGCUCACGCCCUGUCUGAUGCCAGUGCCGCCCUGCCAUGAGUCUAUGAGCCCGCUCCGGAUCAGCGUGGGUGGUCUGCCCGUGCUCGCGUCCAUGACCAAGGGUGCUGACCCCCGCUUCCGACUGCGCUGGAAGGCCAUCGUGCUGUCCUCGGCCUGCGUGGGGCUCCUGCUGCUGCUGCUCUGCCUGCACCGCUCCUCGCCAGCGCGCCAUGGCCCCCCCAGCCCUCGCACCUGGCAGCUCGGCCUGCAUGCAGGGCAGCGCUACAACGACACCUACCCGCUGUCCCCGCCGCAGAGGAACCCCGAGGGCGUGCGCUACCGCAUCGGCCUCAUCGCCGACCUGGACACGCAGUCCCGCGGCCCCCAGGAGCACACCUGGUUCAGUUACCUGAAGAGGGGCUACCUGGUACUGUCGGACAGUGGGGACAGAGUGACGGUGGAGUGGGACAAGGAUGAGAGCAUGCUGCAGUCCCACCUGGCUGAGAAGGGCCGGGGCAUGGAGCUCUCGGAGCUGGUGGUUUUCAAUGGGAAGCUGUACGCGGUGGACGACAGGACAGGUGUGGUCUACCAGAUCGAGGGCAACAAGGUGGUGCCGUGGGUGAUCCUCCCAGAUGGGGACGGCACUGUGGGCAAAGGCUUCAAGGCGGAGUGGCUGGCAGUGAAGGAUGAGCACCUGUACGUGGGAGGACUGGGCAAGGAGUGGACCACCACGACAGGGGAAGUGGUGAAUGAGAACCCCCAGUGGGUGAAGGUCAUUGGCUACAAGGGUGACGUGAGCCACGAGAACUGGGUGACAAAUUACAAUGCUCUGAGGGCUGCAGCAGGGAUCCGGCCCCCAGGGUACCUGAUCCACGAGUCGGCCUCGUGGAGCGACACGCUGCAGCGCUGGUUCUUCCUGCCGCGCCGUGCCAGCCACGAGCGCUACAGCGAGCGCGCGGACGAGCGGCGCGGCACCAACUUGCUGCUCAGCUCCACCCAGGACUUCGGCCACGUCACCGUGGGCCGCGUGGGCGACGUGGUUCCCACCCACGGCUUCUCCUCCUUCAAGUUCAUCCCGGACACCGACGACCAGAUCAUCGUGGCGCUGAAGUCGGAGGAGGACAACGGGAAGAUCUCCAGCUACAUCAUGGCCUUCACGCUGGACGGGCGCUUCCUGCUGCCCGAGACCAGGAUUGGCAGCGUGAAGUACGAGGGCAUUGAGUUUAUUUAACAGACAUCUGGACCGAGUGGAGGCGUGUGGGCAGGCCCUGCUAGCCUGCUCCUAGCCCGGGGUCCCUGAGGGAUGUCAGGCAGCGCUCCCAGCUCUGUUCUUGGCCCUGGGCUCUCCUGUAAAGUGUUGACUGAGCUGCAGCAGGUGUGGUGCGAGUGUUUCGGCAGUGGCACCUGGUGGCAAGGGACUGCCACCACAGGGUGAUCCCGGCCCCGGGACAGCUUCCAGGUCCUGGGCAGGCCCCCGUGCAGCCCUUAGUGCCCAGCCCUGAAUUGCGACAGAACCAUCUGCGGUGGCUCUGGUGACGUCCACGCUCUGGGGUUGCAGCUGAGCCCCAGCUCUACAGCUGUGCCUUGUGUGCCAUGGGGCUCCCCGGGUGGAGUGGGGUGUGCACCCAGAGAGGGUCAGACUGGGGGGAUUUCAUCAGGCUUUUUUGUCAGAAGCUGGAUUUCCUUCCCUUUUCCCAUAAGCUGGGUGACGGCUGAGGUGAUGGCUGGGGUGACGGGUGGCCUGUUUCAGAGAGAGGUCUCACAUGGGAGGGGACAGUGUCCCUCUGCUCCUGUGACCACAGGGGGUGCAGCAGCUCCCUCCCCACUGUGGUUCCAGCACAGUGGCUGUGCCUAUGGGGCAGGGGGUGUGUGUGAUGGGGCCACAGCUGUGACCAGAUGUAAAGUGGGCCCAUCCCGGUGCCAUUCCCAGGCCACACCCUCAGAGGGGUGUGUGUGUGCUGGCCGUCUGCCUUCUCCAAGCCUGGCUGCGCAUGGCUCUGACCCCAGAAAUGCUUCCAGCCCCAGAACUGUCAGCCCUGGGAAGAGCUGAGCCCUGGGCAGGAGCUGCAGGGAGCUGGCGACAGUGCAGCCAUGCUGUGCAAGGGCUGCUGUGCUCGGUGCAGGAGCAGAGCCAGGAGCUGCAGCUCUGCUUCCCAGAGCCGGGAGCUGCAGUUCUGCUUCCCAGAAGCAGCAGCAGCUGAGAAGCGUUUGCAGCAGCCCAGGGCUUUGGCCAGGGAGCCUCCCCACGCUCGCCAGCGUGUUGUGAAAUUGCUGCCGCAGCCUGUGGCCCCCAGGAGGAACUUGUGUGGUUUCAGAAGCCGCAAGUGUCAAAGGGGCAUUUGCUGGCCCCGGGGCCCUCCUGACCCCCUGACCAAGGGGGCUGUGGCUCCUGGCCUGCCCAGGCUGACCUGGCUCAGGCCUGCCCAGGUCACAGGGCAGCAUCUCCUCACACCAGGACCGGUGUUUGGCUCUGUGCUGUCCCCACUUUGGUCCCCUUUAACACUGCCCCUGGGGCAGGUCUGCCAGCAGGUAGGGCUUCAGAGAGCUGGGCCUGGCCCCUGUGGUUUGGGGGCCCUGGUGCCCCCUGUAUCACUCUGCCAUGGCCUGGCACUGCUCUGCUGGGGGGUCCAGCCCUGCCCAGGGAGGGAGGGGGCCUCUUGGGGCAGCAGUCAGGCUGUGGUUGGGUGGAAGGAUCUGCAGAGGGGUUGGGGCCCUCCCAAGAACCCAGCCAGGCUGCUCCCCCCACCCUGUUUACAGUGUCAGCACCUCUGUGAGCCACGCAGAGCUACAGGCCAGACAUGUGUUUUCAUUUAGCCCAGACAAUGACUCGGCCAGUGCUGGGCUGCGCUCCUCUCUAGACAGGACCUGUCCCUAGCGCUGCAGACAGGCCUGCCUUUGGCCCCUGCACGUGGCCUGGGGAUCGUGCAGCACCUGGCCAGAGCACCCAGGAUGCAUUUGCAGCCCACGCUGGGUGCCAGCUGGCCACAGUCCAUGCUGGCCACUCAACCGUCACUGGCGCUUGGCAACCUCUGCUGGCCUCAGUGACCCUCCCAGCCCAGCACUGGCAGCUCCACGGCACCUGUUGUGGCCCCAGGGCUGUGCCAGUGGCUGUCCCUGCUACCUGGUCCCUUCUUGACCCCCGGGUCCCUGCCCUCAGAGCAGCAGCACCAGGGCCUCAGGCAGCUGGGCCAGCAGGAGUCCUGCUGCUGCUGGGGCCUCUGCAGACCGUGGGCCCCAUCCCCAGGUGUCAUCCAGCAUCCAGCUGUCAGUGCUGUCACCUCCCACGUGUUCCCUGCAGGCUCAGGCAGGGUUGGGCCAGGUCCAGCUGCCCAGUUCUGCUGUUUCUUCUCCUCCUGGAGGCUGAGCAUCUCUGUUACCUCCCUCUGCUGCGUGCAUCCAUGGCAGUGCCGUGCAGGAGGCUGGCUCAGGAGCAGUGUUGUGGCCGUGGUGGUGGCUGUCCUGCCGACACAUGCCCAUGACACCUGGCCCAGCUGUGCUGGAAAGCUGUGGCACUGCUGGGGACAUGGGGCACUCUCAGCAGCCAGCCAGGCACAGAGCACAGGUACAGUGACAGCAGCAGCAUCCUGACACCCCCGGGUGACACCGCGAGUGAAUUUGGACGGGGACAGUCUGUUUUUCUCAUACUAGAUGGUGUAGGGCAGUGUUUUGGAUUUGUGCUGGGAACAGUGUUGAUA